AUGAAGACACGCGGCUCUUCGGGCUCUUUCGCCACUGGCAGAAGAGCCGCGGGAGCGACAUCUGGCCAAUGCACGUUGCUGGGCUCGUUAGCAGGCAUCACCGUGCGGAACUGGGACAUAGCCAUCCUCCCAACGUUCCUGGGUGGCGAGUGCAACCCCCUUGCCAACACGGACGACGACCCGCAUUUCCGGGGCGCAGAUGGCACCCAAUACGACUUCAACGGCCUUCUCGACCGCUCCUUCUGCUUGGUUUCCGACCGUCGGAUCCACAUCAACAUGGGAAUCAAGGGCUACCAGCCCAUCGCGAAUCUCCCUGGCACGGCGACAUCAUUGGACGAAGAGUCGCUCGCUGCAGCGGUGGAAGCGGCGGCCAAUGAGAAGAAGCCACGUCACAUCAGGCAGCUGGAACAAGAACGGCUGAGCGUGGAGGAACUGAGCGAGCUGGAGAAAAUGCGGGCCAAUGGGAGCCUGCCGUUGACUGAUAAGGUGGUGGCGGCGCUUGACAGGGAGACGGGUCGUCGCAGUGGUGAACAAGGCGCCGGGGGUGGAGGGGAAGAGAAGGAACAGCAUUCUAUUCAGGAGCUUCAAGUGAUGUGGCGCGACGAGACUGGCGCGCAUCACUCAGCGUUCUUUAAGGCGCGCGACGGAAAGGAGCAAGGGAGGGGCAGCAGCGGGUUCAUCGACCGACUGGAGCUCGACGGCUCGCCGGUGGCCCCGCCUCUGUCCGAAGGCUCUUCCAUCACUGGCAGCGGCGGGUUCAGAUUGCUUCUGGCGGAAACAAAGAGCUGCAAGGGGAAGGACGAGGACGAGUUUCAUCUCACGAUCGACGGCUUGGUGGACAUGGGCAUCUCAGCGCGUUUGGCGCAUCCGCUCAUGCAGACGGCUACGGAGGCCCAGGCGCAUUUCAAUGUGCACAUCGCCCGACUCAAUCACACGAGCGGCAUUCACGGCGUGCUGGGUCAGACCUUCCGAGCCGAGGAAUCCCGCAAGGUGCGCUCGCUGCGGUACCGCCUGCUGACCCGCCUGCUGCGCGAGCCUGUGGAGGUGGAGAGUGAGAGUGGCAGGGGAUUCCUGGAUGGGCGCACGGAGGACUACAUCACCUCGGACAUUCGCUCCGCGGAUUGCAUGUACGCCGCUGCGUGGCGCAGGGGCGAACACGAGAGCAGCGAUGGAAGCGAUUUCAUGUGA